AUGAGGCUUCUGAUGGUCUCCGUUGUCUUUGCUUCGAAGGCGUUCUCCAAGGCAGAGGACUCUUCCGCAAGGUCGACAGACAACAUCUUCAAGAAGUUCCUGGAGGUUGCAGUGAAGGACGAGCAUAGCAGGCUUGCAGUCUCCAAGGACAAGAAGCACGGCGUGCCCCAUAUCCAGGACAUAGAGCAUCCUAACCAGAGGAAGAAAACCGUGAUAGUUGUGGAGGAGGACUCCGAUAAGAAAAGCGUGAUCCUGAAUCCAAAGGUGGGACAGAAGAUAACCGGCAUCGACGGUGAAGCCGACAAGAAGAAGAGGCUGCCUCCAAAGCACAAGGACCCUAGGGCAACCGAAGACACCCCAAAGCCAGAAAUCCAAUCUGAGCUUACAUUUGAAACGCCCAUCUCUGCAUCAUUCCUUCUCAAGCCUCUGGAACCGAAGAAGGAAGUUUCUUUCACCCAGGUCGAGAUCAAGGAGGUAAAGGAAGAGCUUAAGGCUCUGGAGCGGAUCUCGAAGGAUCUGGAGUCUCUAAAAGGCCGGUUCCAAUCAACCUUCAGGAGGAUUCUGAGCCCAGAAAAGGAAGAAAAGGGCCCAAAGCCCCCCACAGACCUCCUGAACUAUAACUUCAUAGAGGUCACAGAGACAGGGCAGCAGGAGAAAAAGUGA